AUGCAAAUCACAACCGCCGUUCUGUUGAGCCAAGCUCAAGUAUUUCUACCCACCGGAGGAGCACUGGCGUCCCUUGGAAGGCCCGUCUCUGAAAGCCAUACAGCUCCCCUCUGGUGGCUCGGCCGAACUGAUGAUGAUGGGACUGAGGAGGAGGAGGAGGAGGAGAAGGAGGAGGAGCAUGAGGAGGAGGAGGGGAACCAGGGAACUAGAGCCAAAAGGCCGAGAUCGUGUGCCGAUGAGCACUCCCCUUCUAAGCGCCGGGAGAUGAGACUAAGUGAAGGAAAAAUUGGGCCACAAACCACUCGUCAUCAAGUCAAGUCCUCCAUCUGGUCUCAGGCUGUUUUCCUCCAGUCGAGACGUCUAAUUUACCCCGACUUCCUCGUUGCUUAUCCGCCUGCCCACUCAACUCGGCUCUUUCCAAUGCUCAUGUGUUCAAGUGUAUGGAAGCAUUACGCGGACAAAUUGAAAACACAUAGCAACUGUGAAGUGGCCAGUUCACUCUUUGAUGUGACAAGGGCAUAG